AAAAAAAAAAAAAAAAAUCCCUGGUGCAGGCAGACUACCUAAAAGGUGACAAUAAUGGCCCAAAGAAGGACAGGGAUUUGCCUGGAUGCACUGCACCCUCUCCUUCAUACUCAGUCAUUCCUGCAUUCAUUGAUUCACCAGGCACCCAGUCCGUGUCCAGCAGUACACUGGGGACCCCAAAUGGACACUGCUAUGGAAGCCAACUUGGGCGCUGCUGGCCUCAGGCCCCGUACAGAGCUCGAUGAUGAGGACUACUACCCUCAGGGUGGCUGGGACACAGUAUUCCUUGUGGCCCUGCUGCUCCUGGGGCUGCCAGCUAAUGGGCUGAUGGCAUGGCUGGCUGGCUCACAGGCCCGGCAUGGGGCGGGCAAGAGACUGGCCCUGCUUCUACUCAGCCUGGCCCUCUCCGACUUUUUGUUCCUGGCAGCAGCGUCCUUUCAGAUCUUGGAGGUCCAGCAUGGAGGGCACUGGCCGCUGGGGACAGCCGCCUGCCGCUUCUACUACUUCCUGUGGGGUGUGUCCUACUCCUCUGGCCUCUUCCUGCUGGCAGCCCUCAGCCUGGACCGCUGCCUGCUGGCACUGUGCCCACACUGGUACCCUGGGCACCGCCCAGCCCGCCUACCCCUCUGGGUCUGCGCUGGUGUCUGGGUGCUGGCCACACUCUUCAGUGUGCCCUGGCUGGUUUUUCCUGAGGCCACCAUCUGGUGGUACGACCUGGUCAUUUGCCUGGACUUCUGGGACAGUGAAGAGCUGCCCCUGCGGAUGCUUGAAAUCCUGGGGGGCUUCCUGCCAUUCCUCCUGCUGUCCGUCUGCCACAUGCUCACCCAGGCUGCAGCCUGCCGGACGUGCCGCCGCCAGCAGCCUCAGCCCUUGGCCUGCCAUGGCUUUGCCCGUGUGGCUAAGACCAUUUUGUCAGCCUACGUGGUCCUGCGACUGCCUUACCAGCUGGCACAGCUGCUCUACCUGGCCUUCCUGUGGGACAUCUACCCCGGCUACCUGCUCUGGGAGGCCCUGGUCUACUCUGACUACCUGAUUCUGCUCAACAGCUGUUUGAGCCCCUUCCUCUGCCUCAUGGCCAGCGCUAACCUUCGAGCUGUACUGCGCACCAUACUUUCCUCCUUCGCUGCAGCUCUCUGCGAGGAGCAGCCAGGCAGUUUCACACCAGCUGAGCCACAGACACAGGUGGCCUCUCAGAGCCCAACUCUAACAGCAGAGGUCCAGCCACCACCGGAUCCUGUGGCCCAGCCUCAGGUGAACCCCACAGCCCAGUCACCACUGGAUCCCGUGGCCCAGCCUCAGGUGAACCCCACGCCCCAGCCACCACUGGAUCCCGUGGCCCAGCCUCAGGUGAACCCCAUGCCCCAGCCACCACUGGAUCCCGUGGCCCAGCCUCAGGUGAACCCCACGCCCCAGCCACCACUGGAUCCCGUGGCCCAGCCUCAGGUGAACCCCACGCCCCAGCCACCACUGGAUCCCGUGGCCCAGCCUCAGGUGAACCCCACAGCCCAGCCACCACUGGAUCCCGUGGCCCGGGCUCAGGUGAACCCCACAGCCCAGCCACAGUUGAGCAUUGAGGCCCAGUCCCCUGGCCCUGCUACUGGGACCCCCAGGCUCUGUGAGAAAGCUUCCUUUAGCCCAUCUCUAGAUCCUUCACCUGAGGCCCCUGAGAGCCCAGGCAUGCCAGCGGCCCCUGAGGGAGAAAGCCCUGACACUGCCCCAGCAACAGAGGCCCCCAGUGCAGGUCCCACAUGAGGAUCCAGGAAGCCCAGGCCUG